UCUGGUCUAGCAGUCAGAGCUGGGCAGAUAGGAGCCAAGAGGGCGGCUAAAAUGACAACCGUGCUUCUGGAGGACAUCCGAGAGGAAGUCACCUGCCCUAUCUGCUUGGAGCUCCUGACAGAACCCCUGAGCAUAGACUGUGGUCACAGCUUCUGCCAGGCCUGCAUUACAGGGUACAGUCACAGGUCAGUGCUCAACCAAGAAGGGAAGAGCAUCUGUCCUGUGUGCCAGACCACCUACCAGCCUGGGAACCUCCGCCCUAACCGACACCUGGCCACCAUAGUGAAGAGGCUCAAAGAGAUCGUGUUGGGCCCGGGAAAGCAGCCAGAGGUCAUUCUUUGUGCUCUUCAUGGAGAGAAACUCCAGCUUUUUUGCAAGGAGGAUGGGAAGUUAAUUUGCUGGCUUUGUGAGCGAUCUCCGGAGCACCGUGGUCACCACACAUUCCUCAUGGAGGAGGUGGCUCAGGAGUACCAGGAACUGUUCCAGGAGUCUCUGAAGAAGCUGAGGAAGGAGCAGCAGGAAGCUGAGAACCUAAAAGUUCUUAUCAAAGAGAAGAGGGAAUCCUGGAAGAGUCAGGUGGAGCCUGAGAGACACCGGAUCCAGACCGAAUUUAAGCAGCUGCGGAGCAUCCUGGACCGAGAGGAGCAGAGGGAACUGAAGAAACUGGAAAUAGAAGAGAGGAAGGGGCUGAGCAUCAUAGAGAAGGCCGAGGGGGACCUGAUCCACCAGAGCCAGUCACUAAAGGAUCUCAUCUCCGACCUUGAGCACCGCUGCCAGGGGUCCACAGUGGAGCUGCUGCAGGAUGUGAGUGAUGUCACAAAAAGGAGUGAGUUCUGGACCCUGAGGAAGCCCCAAACUCUACCCACCAAGCUCAGAAGUUUGUUCCGAGCCCCGGACCUGGAAAAGAUGCUGCGAGUCUUUCGAGAGUUGACAGACGUCCAGAGCUACUGGGUGGAUGUGACGCUGAACCCACAGACGGCCAAUUUAAAUCUUGUUCUGUCUAAGAACCGGAGACAGAUGAGGUUUGUAGGUGCCAAGCUGUCCGAGUCUUCCUGUCUGGAAGAGCAUUAUGACUGCAGUGUCCUGGGCUCUCAGCACUUCUCCUCGGGAAAAUACUACUGGGAAGUGGACGUGACCAAGAAGACGGCUUGGAUCCUGGGUGUAUGCAGUAACCCAGUGGAACCCGCAUUCUCUUUCAGCCAGUAUCCCAGCAAGCAGAGCUCCUACUCCAGGUAUCAGCCCCGGAGCGGAUACUGGGUGAUUGGGCUGCAGCAUAAACACGAAUACAGAGCCUAUGAGGACUCCGCCACUUCCCUGCUGCUGUCCAUGGCAGUGCCACCUCGCCGCGUAGGGAUUUUCUUAGACUAUGAGGCUGGCACUGUCUCCUUCUAUAAUGUCACAAACCAUGGCUUGCCCAUCUACACCUUCUCUAAGUAUUACUUUCCCACUGCGCUUUGUCCCUAUUUCAAUCCCUGCAGUUGUGUGGUCCCAAUGACCUUGCGUCGCCCGAGCUCCUGAGAGGUCUGGUGCCCCUGCCCACACCGGAGCAGACUCCUUGGAACACACGGGUUUCUUCUCUGUUCUUGUAGGAUAGCCUCCCACUGCUCCUAUGAAUGCUUUUGACGGAUCUUGAAUUAAAGGUGUGCGCCACCAAGGCCCACCUAGCAAGUGUUGACUUUUGAUUUGUUGGGUUUUGUUAGUUUUGAAGCAGGCUAUUAUUGCCCGGGAUGUUCUCUGUGUAACUGAUAAUGACCCUGAACUGAUUGUCCUGUGUCUACCUCCCAAGUCCUGAUAACCUACCUAUGGUUUUGCUCUGGUGUUGUUUGAGACAUGGUAGCCAUAAAUAGCCCCGGCUAGCCACACAUACUUAGUCCUUCUGCUUCCGCUCGCAAACACGGAUUACAAAUCUGUUUCACAACACCUGGCCAAGCAGAGUAUUUGAUGAUUUUUUUUUUAACUGAUAUCUGUGGUGGAAUGUAAAACAUUCUGUAUAAAUUAGAUAGAAGUUUUUAUAGUAAACAUUGAGUUUGGUAGAUUUUUUUUCUUCUGUGAUCACUGAGGUAAUUGUAUGUCCUUUUCUUCUGUUCCUGGGCCAGCUACAUUGAUUUGUCUCAGUUGUUGAGUCCACCACUGAUCCCUAAGUAAACCGUUAUUAUGUGUUAUAUUCAAUACUUUAGUUUUGCUGACUCGUUGUUUAGGUUCCGUUUUUGCCUAUAUUUAUAAACAAAAUUGCCUCUAAUUUUGCAUUCUUGUAGUAUCUGUCAAGUUAUACAAAAUAUAGUAAUGGACAAGGCAAUUAUAUAUGUAUAUAUAGGAUUUGGGUGCUUAAACCAAAUUCUCCAUAAAUAACAACAACAACAAAAACCAAACUAACCAUUGAUUAAAAAAAAUAAUAAAUCCUCUGACCACUUUAGUCUUGAUGGCGUCAAGAAGAGAUUGUAGCUUUUGUUUUCAUAAUAAAUAGCCUUCAUCUUAAGAUUUUAAGAGUAGUGAUCAAAAUCAGAAAAUGUGCCUGAAAGGGAGAAGAUAACAAUCUCCCAACACCAGUUAUGAUAUCAGAGGAGGCAGAAAUGGAGGUAGCCACUUCACAGUGAUGUGUUCUGGCCUCUGGCAGCUCUUCUCAGUAAACAGUUUUUUUCUCUGAGACUCAGUUCGCAAAAAAUGACACGGAGACUUUUUAUGAACACUCGGCCUUAGAUUAUACUCAUAACUAGUUCUUAUAACUUAAUCACUAUUACGUGGCUCAGUUACCUUUACUAUGUACUUGCCAUCCUGCUUCCUCUCCAUCUGGCGGCUGCUCUGCCUUCUUCGCCAGUCCUCUCUGUCCCCAGCAGACCUGCCUAGCUAUUGGCCAGUCCUCUCUGUUAAAUCAGCCAUGGUGACAUAUCUACGCACAGCAUAAAAGACUGCUCUGCAACACCUCCCCUUUCUGUUGUAGAGCUCAGGAUUGAACUCAGGGCUUCUUAUGUCAGGCUGACAUCCUAGCUUGACAAUCCCAGUUUUUUGUUGUUGUUUUUUUUUUAUUGU